AUGAAGUUUACUUCUCCCGCUUUGAUUCUUGCUGCUGUCGGAGCCAUAGCACAUUCCUUGGGCGCCGUUCCCUCCAGCAACCGUUUGGCCGAAUACAACGUUGGCGUGCCUGAUCAAGGCAAUCGCGAGAUUCUUAUCCGCGUGAAUGUGGCUAGCACUUCUGUUGACGAGGGCGACCAUCUGCCCACCCCCGCGGCGUCGACUCCGAGCCCCGACGGGUUCGACCAAACGUUCGAAACUCCCGGGACGCCGGAAAGCCCGAAAGAUUCGACCACUGGAGUGCACAGGGCUAACCAAGUGGGCCUUUUGAGCUCAAAUGCAACCACAAGCCCCCCGAAAUCAAACGCCAGCCACCCCACUACUUCAAGCCCCCACACGACCGCGAUGCGCAGUGGAGCGGGUGCGAUUGGAGUCACGGUGGCCGCGACUGUGGUGACGCUGACGGCAUUUUUGACGUUCGCGUAA